AUGAGUUCAUCAUCGAGUUCGACAAAUUAUGAAAUUGUCGCCCCGAUAUCCAUUCUAUUUGCAUUCGUCGCUAUUGUCAUUGCUUUUUUCAUCUUGAUACUAGUUGCUUCAACCAAACAAUUACGCACUGCAUGUCAUCUACUAACCUGUAACACAUGUUUAUCGUCAAUCAUAUAUUGUAUUGUUCAAUGUAAUAAUUAUAUUUAUCUUUUGUUCAUUAAAUCAAACACAAGUGAUGAUUCGUGUCGAUGGCGAGGUUAUUUUGGAUACAUAUCCAUCGUUGCCGUGGUUUAUUCAUAUCUUUUACAGGCUAUAUCACGAUUAUUGUUUACUGUUUUGGCGAUGAAAUAUCGAUGGAUGACUUCAUUUAAAAUACAUUUUUUUCUGAUUAUUAUCGGCUGGUUUAUUGUGUUUCUUAUUCCAUUACCAGCACUUUUAACCGACGACAUCAAAUUUCGUUCGGGCUUUUUGUGCUGGGUGCCGCGGCAACAUCUUUUACACGCAAUAUAUACAAUUCUGCUGUAUUAUUUGAUACCGAUCGUUCUGAUUAUUACGAUUUAUGUUUCGAUUUACCUUCGAGUUCAUUCACAUACAAACAAUAACAAUACACUUUUACAAGAUCGACCGGCGCGAAAGAAUCGUGACUUAGAAGUCUUACGUAAUAUCGUUAUUUUAUUUAGUAUUUAUAUUCUCGGAGCGUUACCGUUGAUACUGUAUAUGUUGACAAACGUGGAAUUCUUUUAUUCAGUUGGAAUUAUAAGUAUUUCAUUUACAGUCAUGGUAGAAAAGUCGGCGUCAUUAUUCAUUGAUCGAGACAUUCGAAAUGCUGGAAAAAAAUAUUUCGGUCAACGUCGAACUCAAGUUUCUCCACUUGCGCUCAAUAUUGCUACUAUUGCGAAAUGA